CUUCAUCAUCAUCAUCUUCUUCUUCGUCCUUGUUACACUGCUUCUCAGGUACCAUCAAGUCAUGUCUUCCCUUUCCUCGUCUAGUUCCCACUCGCCGGAGCCCGACAGAAUGCUCAGGCCCGAGAAGCGGAGGCUGCUCUCUCCAGAGGACGAAACCAUAGAUCCGGAAAACCACCAGAUUCACAAGCAACCAUCCCGAUGGCGAUUGAGGAUCCAACGCGCCCUCAUCACGGUCUUCCUUUCUGGCAUGACAAUCCUAUCGCUGCUCCUGUUCUUCUUUCUUGGCCGCAUUAUCUCCGGCCAUCCGCAGGAGCCCAUCAGUGACACAAGGCCCUCCCUCCGCAGUCCAAUCAAGAAUGUUGUGGUGGUCGUACAGGAAAACCUGUCUUUUGACACUUUUGCCGGCGGACUGAGCUACAAUCCCGACAUCGAUGGCCUCCUCCGCACCCAAUACUGCAAUCCAGCCAAUAUCUCCGAUCCAGCCUCCCUUCCGGUGUGCGCGAAGCCCACCGCCCAGGACGUCGCCUCCGAUGAUCCCGACCACAGUAUCGCCGGAGGCAACCUACAGAUCUACGGCACGUACGAUCCUGACCCCGACCUUGACCGUCCCACCAUGCAGGGGUUCGUGACAGAGCAGAUUCGCGCCUACGGGCUGGACGGGGACCUCGGUCGUGCAGGCGAGGUCAUCAACUACUACUCCCCGGAACGCGUGCCCAUCCUCAACGCAUUGGCGGAGAAUUUCGUUCUCUUCGAUCGUUGGUUCGCUUCGGUGCCUGGUCCAACGAACCCCAACCGGGCCUACCUGACAUCGGGCACCUCACACGGCCACGGGUCCAACGACCCCGACUUCGAUACAUCCUCCUUGCCGCAAGUUUCUAUCUUCGAGCAGCUGACUGCCGCCAACAUCAGCUGGAUUAACUAUUCCAACACCACGGGCUUUCUCCCCGAUGCGCUCUUCUAUACCUGGACGAAGAUCUCAGGCCACGGGGUCUCGAACGUGAAGCCGAUUGAUCAGUUCUACAAGGAUGCAAAGGCGGGCACCCUGCCGCAGUUCACCUGGAUCAACCCGGAAUGCUGCUCGUAUACCUCCUUUCACCCACCGUCGCCCAUUCAUCUGGGCGAGGGGUUUCUGAAGAGCCUCUACGAGGUGCUGCGGGCGUCCCCGCAGUGGAACGAGACCCUCUUCAUCGUCACGUUCGACGAGCAUGGUGGGUUUGCGGACCACGUCCCCCCUCCGGAGAACGUACCGGCUGGGGACGACCUGACAUAUACCGAAACAGCUCGGGAUGGCACCCAGACGACCUUCCGGUUUGAUCGGCUAGGAGUCCGCGUGCCGACGCUGCUGAUCUCGCCCUGGGUGGACAAGGGAGCGGUCCAGCACGGACCGACAGACCAACCGAAUGACUUCACCCACACCUCCAUCCUGAAGUAUGUGGCGGAACUGUGGGACUUACCCUUGUUGACCCCCCGCGUAGCCUGGUCCCCCAGUUUCGGGGGCUUGCUUCGGGAUUCCAUGCGGUCGGACACCCCGCAAAGAUUACCGGAGCCGUGAGCGGGCGCUAGUACUGGCGAGUCAUCUUUUGGUUCCUCUCCUCAAUGGAAAUAAGACCAAGCUCAAAUCUAAUUAGUUAUAUAUAUCGAUG